AUGGGCCUCGAGGACAACAAAUUCAUUAAACGGUUCAUCGAUGUGGGAGAAAAAAAAGCAGGUUCCACCACCAUGGGUAUAGUGGUUGGAGUCGUGGCAGCUUUUGGUGGUGUGCUCUAUGGUUACGACACAGGAACCAUUAACGGCAUCAUGGCCAUGGAGUACGUUAAAAGGACCUUUCCAGGAAACGGUGAGGAGUUCACUUCUUCUGAAACGUCCUUGAUUGUGUCUAUUUUGUCUGUGGGAACCUUUUUUGGAUCACUCUGUACGCCGUUGAUCAGUGUCACAUUGGGCCGGAGAUGGUGCUUGAUUUUGUCCUCCUUGAUUGUUUUCAACUUGGGAGCAGUACUUCAAACAGCUUCUACAGACAUUCCCCUUCUUUGUGCUGGAAGAGCCAUAGCUGGUGCUGGAGUGGGUCUUAUUUCCUCCACAGUUCCACUCUACCAGUCUGAAGCUGCCCCAAAAUGGAUCAGAGGUGCCAUUGUAUCGUGCUACCAGUUGGCAGUCACUGUGGGGAUCUUUUUGGCUGCCGUUUUCAACCAGGCUACUCACAAACUUGACAACUCUGGAUGCUACAGAAUCCCGCUUGCUAUCCAGAUUCUCUGGGGCUUGAUUUUGGGUAUCAGCAUGUUUUUUAUGCCCGAAACACCCAGAUUCUAUGUGUCCAAGGAGAAAGAGGAGAAGGCAUUGAACUCGCUUUCCCGUCUCAGAAAGCUUCCCAUCGACGAUGAGGAUCUUCUUGAAGAGUACAACGAUAUCAAGGCCGCCUACCUUUUUGAGCAAGAAUUUGGCAAAUCUUCAUGGAGCCAGGUGAUUUCCGGCAAAAACCACCAACGUAAGCGUUUGGUUACGGGUGUGUUGGUCCAGGCGUUCCAGCAGUUGACUGGCGUGAAUUUCAUUUUUUACUUCGGAACAAACUUUUUCAACGCUGCUGGUGUGGACGGUUUCGUGACCACUUUGGCCACGAAUAUCGUCAAUGUCGGAGCCACCGUUCCGGGAAUCCUCCUUAUGGAAAUUGCAGGCAGAAGAAACAUCCUUCUUGGAGGUGCUGCUGGUAUGUCCACUUCCCAGCUUAUAGUGGCCAUUGUGGGGGUUGCAACUUCGUCAGACUCGUCCAAAAAAGUGCUUGUUGCGUUUUCGUGUAUUUUUAUUGCAUUUUUUGCAGCAACCUGGGGACCUUGUGCCUGGGUGGUUAUUGGAGAAUUGUACCCAUUGAGAACCAGAGCUAAAUCGGUAGCUCUCUGUAUGGCAUCGAACUGGCUCUGGAACUGGGCCAUUGCCUAUGCUACGCCGUACAUGGUGGACAAAGAUAAGGGUAAUUUGGGAACCAGUGUUUUUUUCAUUUGGGGUGGCUGCAACGUUCUUUGUUUCAUUUUUGCGUGGACCCUCAUCUACGAAACCAAGGGUCUUUCGUUGGAGCUGGUGGACGAGUUGUACGAGGAGAUUCCGUAUGCGUGGAGAUCCAAGAGCUUCGUUCCAUCAGAGCACUUCAGAGGUCAACAGAACAAAGAAGUCUCCAGCAUCAACAAGGACACCGUCUCUGUGGCUCAAAUCAGUGUGUAG